AAUGAGACUCUGUUUCUUAGAAAGAAAAUGAACGAACCAUCUUCACGAUAUUUGGUAGUCACAGGGAUGCUCGUAAUGGCGACAAUGAUCUCCAUGUGUCAAGCUAUGGGUAAUAACGUCUACCCUCUGAUUCUGGUUCCAGGAAACGGAGGUAACCAGCUAGAGGCAAGACUGGACAGAGAAUACAAGCCAAGUAGCGUUUGGUGUAGCAGCUGGUUAUAUCCGAUCCAUAAGAAGAGUGGUGGAUGGUUUAGGCUAUGGUUCGAUGCGGCAGUGUUAUUGUCUCCCUUCACCAGGUGCUUCAACGAUCGAAUGAUGUUGUACUAUGAUGCCGAUUUGGAUGAUUACCAAAAUGCUCCUGGUGUCCAGACCCGGGUUCCUCAUUUCGGUUCGACCAAAUCCCUUCUCUACCUUGACCCUCGUCUCCGAGAUGCCACAUCUUACAUGGAACAUUUGGUGAAAGCUCUAGAGAAAGACUGCGGUUAUGUUACCGACCAAACCAUCCUUGGAGCUCCAUAUGAUUUUAGGUACGGUCUGGCAGCCCCGGGCCACCCGUCCCGUGUAGCCUCACAGUUCCUACAAGACCUCAAACAUUUGGUGGAAAAAACUAGCAGCGAGAACGAAGGAAAACCAGUGAUACUCCUCUCCCAUAGCCUAGGUGGACUUUUCGUACAACAUUUCCUCAACCGUACCACCCCUUCAUGGCGUCGCAAGUACAUCAAACACUUUGUUGCACUCGCUGCACCAUGGGGUGGGACGAUCUCUCAGAUGAAGACAUUUGCUUCUGGAAACACACUUGGUGUCCCUUUAGUUAACCCUUUGCUGGUCAGACCGCAGCAGAGGACCUCCGAGAGUAAUCAAUGGCUACUUCCAUCUGCCAAAGUGUUUAACGAUAGAACUAAACCGCUUGUCGUAACUCCUCGGGUUAACUACACAGCUUACGAGAUGGGUCGGUUUCUUGCAGACAUUGGUUUUUCUCAAGGAGUUGUGCCUUACAAGACAAGAGUGUUGCCUUUAACAGAGGAACUGAUGACUCCGGGAGUGCCAGUCACUUGCAUAUAUGGGAGAGGAGUUGAUACACCGGAGGUUUUGGUGUAUGGAGAAGGAGGAUUCGAUGAGCAACCAGAUAUUAAGUAUGGAGAUGGAGAUGGGACGGUUAAUUUGGCGAGCUUAGCAGCUUUGAAAGUCGAUAACUCGAAAAGCGUAGAGAUUGGUGGAGUCUCGCAUACAUCUAUACUUAAAGACGAAAUCGCACUUAAAGAGAUUAUGAAGCAGAUUUCGAUUAUUAAUUCUGAAUUACUCAACGUUAAUGCCAUGAAUGAAUGAGAGUAGUCAACUAUUUCAUCAUUUUUAGUCCCACAUUUUUAGAUAAAGAAGUAAUUUACCCGGUUUGUUUUAGCUACUCCUUAUAGGAGAAAGAAGAAUUAAAAACCAAAUGAAAUUACUUAUUUGAA